CCCGGGGCUCUGAGAAAUAUAGGCAGCAUCCCUUCUAGCUCAUGCAUUCGGUCCCACAGCUGCCUUAUAAGACACCGAUCCGCAGCUGCGCUAACCACUGAUCCAAGGUGAACCCUCACAGGCGCACACACACACACACACACACACAUACACACACUCACUUACACACACACACACAAACACUCACACACUGUCGGAUCUUUUGCUGGGAGACAAAGUGCGCAGUCGGGGAACGCAAUGUUGGUUAAACUGGCCGUGGCGCUGCUGGUUUUAUCAGUCCUGGAGCAGGUAGUGCGAUCGGAUAAUACUGAUAUUCAUGACAGCCCUCCGGAGAAGCCUGCGAGCCAGAAAGGACGCCUCUCCCUGCAGAAUACAGCUGAGAUCCAGCACUGCCUAGUGAGUGCAGGGGAUGUUGGCUGUGGUGUGUUUGAGUGCUUUGAGAAUAACUCCUGCGAGAUACGGGGGCUACAGGAAAUCUGCAUGACGUUCCUGCACAACGCUGGCAAAUUUGACUCUCAGGGAAAAUCCUUCAUCAAGGAUGCUCUGAAAUGUAUGGCACAUGGGCUACGGCACAAGUUCAGCUGUAUCAGCAGGAAGUGUGUGUCCAUUAAAGAGAUGGUGUUCCAGCUCCAGAGAGAGUGCUACAUCAAGCACAACCUCUGCUCUGCUGCUAAAGAGAAUGUGGCGGUCAUGGUGGAGAUGAUCCACUUCCAAGAUCUCUUCCCUAAAGGUCCAUAUGUGGAGCUGGUGAACAUUCUGCUGAGCUGUGGAGAAGAGGUGAAGGAGGCGCUGACUCGGAGCGUCCGACUACAGUGCGAGCAGAACUGGGGGGCUCUGUGCGACAGCCUAAGUCUCUGCUCCUCCCUUGCACCAUCCCCUGCUGGUGCUGCCGCCGAACACCGCCGCCCCUUGCCUUCCCACCCUGAACCGGAGCAGCCACGUCCCCCGCGGCAAGGCGACAAAGACAAACCCGGUAAGGCGGGCUUCAACGCUCACCCACGCAACCGCAGUCAGGGUCUGCGCCGCCAGAGUCCAGAGGUCGGAGUGGUGGCCGAGCAGGAAGACCCGGAGGCCACCGACAUCCGGAGGUGAAAACACAGGAGCGGCGCAACAUAGAUGACCCUCUACGUGAUCUAAAAACCACAUUUACAGACUUAUCCACACACCCUCACUGACGCACACACGACGAACAUGCAGAACACACAUCUAUUUACACACACUUAACACAGACGGAGCAGAAGGAAACAAGCCCCGACUUUUCCUGUUCUUAUUCCGCCCUCUCCAGUCAUUCCAGCAGCCCCACAUGGUAAACUUGCAGGGUAAUUGUGGUAUAGCUUGUACUGUUAUGCCAGACCAUAGGCCACGACUUUUUAAAAUUAAAUAAUAAUUGUUAAUAUCAUGAUUAUUUCAAUUGUUAGGACUAUUUUGGCUCUAAUAUAGCAUUUCUCAAAUCAUACUUACUGUAAGAUUUGAUUAUAUUUUUAUUAUUUAUUUUAUUCUUUAUGCAAUGUUGAAAUAUCGAAAUGUACAUAGAAAUAUACUUAUCUAUAUUUAUAUAAACAUGUAUAAAUAUAGCAACAAUAUGCAAUACUGAUAUAUGAAAUAGUAUAUGGUGUGCUGUCUGUUGUUCUCCUCACAGUAUUGCACCCAUCACACAUUGGUCUGUAGAUAUGUAACAUACACCAUUUGUUGUUUCAAAGUGGGAUUGUGUAUUGUAAUUAUAGUUACUUGAUGAUUAAAUACAAAUUGUACAGGUUUCAAGUCCAGUUCUGGCACAUAUGAAAUGUAGUGCAUGAUGGCCACAAAGCCACCAAACUUGUGCAUUCUUCAAGUGAAAAUCCACUCUAAAGAGAAUGCAAAUGUAAUACUAUGAAUAUGGACAGUCAUUUCACAAUUGUAUGUAUUGAUAAGUCUCUCACAAAGCCAGAAAUAUAGGAGAGCCAAUAAGACUGAUCUGUGUUGCCAUCGGGCACUCUGUUCGGGCAGCACGAAAUGGGAGACUAACGUAGCAGAUGCAGCUUUAUGGACUUGUUUUUUUUCUUUGGUAGGCCUAUUAGCGCUACUAUGACACGUGUCUCAUUUGGAUGCAAAAAAAUCGCAUCACUCUCAGUCAUUCUUCAUUCUUCGGAACUUACUCAGUGACGUUACAGAUUAAUCUCAUCAUUAUACCUUUAGGAGACAAUUGCUUGUUUUCACAAAUACAACUGAUCUGUCAGAUAUUGUACAUUAUCUUUAAUUUGGUUUUCCUUUUAACCAUCAUCUAUCAUUAAAGUACAGGAAUGAGAAGAUGUUGAAAUGUAGUGCAAGAUUUGAGAGGGACUUCUUUCUCAAAUGUAAAGUCAUACACAUCAAGGUGCCUAAACUUGUUUUUGUCCACAGUGACCGCUUCUCUGUGAUUUAUGUGAAUGGAUGAUAUUGUGUCAUCGGGAGAUUUUGAAGCUGUUAAACUGAUAUAAAGCUAUUUUUCAAUAAUGUUGAGCCACAAAAGUCUUAGAUGUUGCACUUGGGAUGAUUGUCAGUUGUGUUGGACUGCUACAGGUUUGGAGAUAAUACCAGGACAGUCACACUUAGCCACAGCUAAUUCUGUAGCAUGGGGUAUUCCAUUAGAACAAGCCUGGUUUUUUGCCCAGCAUCCCCACAUGCGCCUUUGGACCAGAUUGAGCUCUUAACCUUUCUACCUAAUCUUCGCCUUCUCUGGUGUCCCAGUGGCUAGAACAGAGGCUUGACACACACCUUCCAGAUCUCCAGACCUUCUAAAUUAGCCCUUAGUCCUCUUCAGUCCCUUACCUAGGUCAGGAGAGACAUGAAGGCCUGUUAUUCUAUCCGUUAGAGCCACAGGCAACGCAGCGAGGACCCAGGAACUGGGUUAAGUCCACACACGGGGGCUCUGGCGCUGUUAUUCUAAAUGUUAUAUUUACCGAGGCCACCAGAGAAUUCCUCUGGGCCACAGCCAAGAGCCAGCAACACGGGGAGGAGAGGAGUGCAGCAAGAGGGAGAGAGACAUGCUCAACUUUUUUUUUUUUUUUUUUAAGUGAUGAUUCACAUCAUCUUUAUUUCUCUUUGUACUCCUCUUCUCUUCCUCCUUUAGGUCACAGACGCAGGCUUUUGACCAUUUCAGGCCAGUCACAUGCUGUAGCCGUUUGUGAACACAUUGUUCCGCACGUUAGGAAAUGCUUGGUCCAAAAGCAAAAAUGACACAUGCUCAAACUUUGUGGCUCCUUUUUUAGGGUUUUUCAUUUUCUGUUUCCUGGUGUACUCACAGUAAGGUAACAUUUUGCUUCUUGUCAUUUAGAGGCAAUUAUAAGCUCCCAGGGUUGCAAUCAUCAGUGAGGCUUUUUUGGUUUUCUUUUUUAUUCUGUUGUGGAAGUUGGGAUUCCUGUGACAUCCUGACAUAAGACAUAAGCUAAUCCUAUCGAGAAUGUACUGUAUGUGUGUAAAGUCUGUUCAGCUCUCUGUCAUUAGGUUUGAUAUGGCUUUUUGUAAUAAUGUAGUGGCUUGAAUGGCUUUUCUUUGUGUUCAGAGGAAAAUAAACUAACCACGUUUCCUGUAUUGUUAGUGUUCCAUCAUCACAUUAUGUGUUUUGCUCUGAUAAGCACAAGGACUCUGCUUUCACUGUUAAAAAUACAGAACAUGGUCUAGAAGUGUAGAAGUCACCUGUAAGACAUUGGGCAUAUGAUCCUAUAAAUAUCUUUAGAUUCAUGAUGUCAGAUGUAUCUUGUUAUCAUUAAAAUAUUUUGUCUCUAUUUUGUA